UUUCUUUUUUGGCGGAAGGAUCCUUGUUCGAGUGAAAGACAGAAGUGGUCUGCAAUGCGAGUUUUUUCAGCAGAUGGCGCUCCAUCCAUAACACAGUAAAAGCGUCUCUCCUGAUUCAUCCUCCGGGUGUUGAACACAGCUGCUGCUGAUGCUGCUGCAGGAUCCACUGCUGGGAACUUGUGCAUCAGCCGCUGCCUGUUUUACUGUCAUCUCCCAUCACACCUGCGUUUCUCUCAUCCACUCCCUCAGACUCACCUGAGGGGGUCUUAGAGUGAGGGUCGUUCAGAGUGAGUGUUCCUGUGGGCAGGUGUGUGACCACCCAUUAUCAGUCAUGGAUGGAGCUGUUUGAAGUCCAGACGAAGAAUGAAUGGGCUACUGUCAGAAAUGAUGCAAUCGCUGGACAGGCUGUAAAAAAUGGGGAUAGAGAGAGAGAGAGAUGGGCAGAGAGAGCCAGAGAGGGAGAAAAUAAAUAAAUAAAUAAUUCACUCUAAUCCUCUGGCUGGCUGGGCGCGCGCGCUCCACUCCUGCGCGCGCGCGCGGUGCCACAAGUAGCUCGAGCGCGCCGGGGUUGAGCUCUGAGGGGUCUGUGGUGGGCUUCUCCUGAAGAAAAUGACACAGAAGAGGGGAUAUUUACCUUUAUAUCUUUAUAAUGUAGCUAAAAAUCUGAGUACCUGGCUCGAGCAGCGGGCUGUAUAUGAUGUGUCCAGUUAGGCGCGCGAGGUGCGGAGAAAAGCGCGGGAAGCGGAUGAGCUCGUGCUCUGGUAGUGAACGGCUCAACUGGCGUCUGUAAGAUGAAGUUUACCACAAAUUUGGAUUACGGAGCCAUGGAGAAGCGAAACAGACUGUUUUUACUGCUUCUCUUCAUCAUGUCCAAACUGUACCUCAGUGACCAGCAGGUUCUCAGAAUCGGGGGCAUUUUUGAGACUCGGGAGAAUGAGCCAGUGAGUGUGGAUGAGUUAGCCUUCAAAUUUGCCGUGACUAGUAUCAACCGGAACAGGACACUGAUGCCAAACACCACUUUGACCUAUGACAUUCAGAGAGUGAAUCUCUUUGACAGUUUUGAAGCAUCUCGAAGAGUAUGUGACCAGUUAGCUCUGGGUGUAGCUGCAGUGUUUGGCCCAGCUCACAGCUCUUCUGUCAGUGCAGUGCAGUCUAUCUGUAAUGCCCUGGAGGUUCCUCAUAUUCAGACCCGCUGGAAACACCCCUCAGUGGACAACAAGGACACUUUCUUUAUCAACCUGUACCCAGAGCACACCUCCAUCAGCAGGGCUAUUCUAGAUGUUGUCACGUACUACAAGUGGAAGUCCAUUACUGUGGUCUAUGAAGACAGCACAGGGCUAAUGCGCAUGCAAGAGCUGAUUAAAGCCCCGUCCAGAAACGGCAUGAAGGUGCGUAUUCGCCAGCUGCCCAUCGGGAGCAGCGAUGCCCGUCCUCUGCUCAAGGAGAUGAAGAAGGAGCAGGAGUUCUACGUCAUCUUUGACUGCUCCAACCAAAUGGCUUCUGAGCUGCUCAAACAGCUAAUGUCAAUGGGGAUGAUGACGGAGUACUACCAUUUUUUCUUCACCACCUUGGAUCUCUUUGCACUGGACCUGGAACCAUACCGCUACAGUGGUGUUAACAUGACUGCAUUCCGCCUGCUGAAACUCGACGACCCCUACGUGGGAUCAAUUGUUCAGAAGUGGAGCACAGAGCGCCAGCUGUCCCCACCCAGACCUGAGAGUGGCCUAAUGAUCGGCAUGAUGAAUACAGCAGCCGCUCUCAUGUAUGACGCUGUGUUCAUGGUUGCUGUGGCAUCCCAGAGAGCCAGCCAGAUGACAGUGAGCUCUCUGCAAUGCCACAGGCACAAGCCAUGGAGGUACGGACCUCGAUUCAUGAACCUGUUCAAGGAGGCUCAGUGGGAUGGCCUAACAGGACGCAUAAUCCUUAACAAGACUGAUGGACUCAGGAAAGACUUUGAUUUGGACCUCAUCAGCCUCAAGGAGGAUGGUACAGCAAAGCGUGUAGUUGAUGGUGCAGCACGUCGUACUAAAUUGUGGACAAAGAUUGGGGUGUGGAACUCGUACUCUGGUCUGAAUUUAACUGAGAAAAAGGAGAACAAUAAAAACGUCACAGAUUCGCUGGCAAACAGAACUCUGAUUGUUACCACGAUCCUGGAGAACCCAUAUGUGAUGUAUAAGAAGUCAGACAAGGUGCUUUAUGGGAAUGAUCGCUUUGAAGGCUACUGUCUGGACCUGCUGAAAGAGCUCUCCAACAUCCUGGGAUUUAAUUAUGAAGUCAAGCUGGUGACCGAUGGAAAGUACGGUGCCCAGAAUGACAAGGGAGAAUGGAAUGGCAUGGUCAGGGAGCUUAUUGACCAUAUAGCGGAUCUGGCUGUGGCUCCUUUGACCAUCACUUACGUGCGGGAGAAAGUCAUAGACUUCUCUAAACCUUUCAUGACCCUGGGCAUCAGUAUUCUGUACCGCAAACCCAAUGGCACCAACCCAGGGGUCUUCUCAUUCCUCAACCCCCUCACUCCAGAUAUCUGGAUGUACGUGUUGCUGGCCUGCCUGGGAGUCAGCUGUGUGCUCUUUGUCAUUGCCAGGUUCACACCAUAUGAAUGGUAUAACCCUCACCCCUGCAACGCUUCAUCAGAUGUGAUGGAAAACAACUUCACCUUACUGAAUAGUUUAUGGUUUGGAGUUGCAGCUCUCAUGAGACAAGGCUCAGAACUGAUGCCCAAGGCUCUAUCAACUAGAAUCGUUGGAGGGAUUUGGUGGUUCUUCACACUAAUCAUAAUAUCGUCUUAUACUGCUAACCUGGCUGCCUUUCUCACGGUGGAGAGGAUGGAUGCUCCAAUCGAUUCAGCGGAUGAUCUGGCAAAGCAGACUAGAAUUGAGUACGGGGCUGUGAGAGAUGGCUCAACCAUGACUUUCUUUAAAAAAUCAAAGAUCUCAACAUACGAAAAGAUGUGGACCUUCAUGAGCAGCAGGAAGAACACAGCUUUGGUUAAGAAUACCAGAGAGGGCAUCACACGCGUCCUAACCACAGACUAUGCUCUCCUCAUGGAGUCUACGAGCAUUGAGUACAUCAGCCAAAGGAACUGCAACCUCACUCAAGUCGGUGGACUCAUAGAUUCUAAGGGCUAUGGAGUAGGCACACCUAUAGGGUCACCCUACCGGGACAAGAUAACCAUCGCCAUCCUGCAGCUGCAAGAAGAAGGCAAGCUGCACAUGAUGAAGGAAAAGUGGUGGAGAGGGAAUGGCUGCCCUGAGGAAGACAACAAAGAGGCUAGUGCCCUGGGCGUGGAGAACAUCGGUGGUAUCUUCAUCGUGCUGGCUGCUGGCCUCGUCCUGUCAGUGUUCGUGGCAAUAGGAGAAUUUAUCUACAAGGCCCGCAAGAACAGUGACAUCGAGGAGUGCAUCUCUUUCAGUGAAGUGAUGGAGGAGCUGGGCGUCACCUUCAGAUGCCACAAGGCCAUGAGGAAAAGAGGAAGACCACGAGGAAGAGCUGCCCUCACAGGAGUCUUAUGCAAUUCCAAACGCAUCAUGAGGAAAGAAACUAUGGCCUAGAAAGACAUUUUAACAUGCAGACUGGAGAUCCAUUUGACUGAAUAAGACUCACAAGAGACCUUCUCACUCACAAGUCGUCAAGGAUGUUUUUAAAUUAUUUCUUUCUUUCCUUUAUUAAAAAGAUUAGAGCAUUUGAACAUGGAUGUAACGUACAUUGCUUUCAAUUUGUGGUUGAAGAGCACAUCUUGCAAUAGUUGUGUUUCUGAAUGAAAAUGAAAGGAUUGGGGAAUUGGGGAUUUUUCAGUUGCCCUCACUGAAACAUCACAUUCUACAUGGUACAGUAGCAUUUCUUGUGCUGUCCUCACUUUUCAAAAUAAAAAGGUUUUACAUAUUUUAAA